AUGACAACCUCACCCUCCAGCAGCGACUACACUAACACAGAGGAUGACGAUGUGUAGGAAUCCAAAUCUAACCUGAGUCUCUCUGUGGGCUACUUCCCCUAUGAUGACCCUAUUUCUUAUGAGGACCCAACCUCCUAUGAAGACACAACUUCUAUGGAUUCACCAGUUCACUUCCUCCCUCCUUUCCAAGGGAAAGGGUGGACUAAGAGUAUCAAGAGACUCGUCAAGAGAUGAGAUCAGAUUGAGGAUGACCCAGGGCAGUUUUGCAAACUAAGCAUCACCCUAGCCUGGGAUAUUGAUAUAGGGCUUGAGCAGGCAGACCCAACAGCUAACUGGAAUCUAAAUAGAAACCACCACUGGAUGGACAAGUGGCCACAAGAGCAAAAACUGACUCCUUGCAAAUUGGAUGAUCUAACACAAAAGCCUGAGACAUUUCUAGAAGAUCAGAAUGAUGACAAGAAUGAUGACUCCUUGUUCCCUGAAUCUCGUCAGGAAAAAGAUUUCCAGCUGUCCACCAGCUCCCCAACUCAUAUGAUUCAGAUCAACCACAAAGAACAUGAUGCUUGUCAAGUUUUACCCAAGUGCAAACCACCAGAAAAUGCAGAAGUCAUUCAGUUCCCAGAGAUUCCUCCUCAGUCUAAGGAACAUCAGCUUGCUGUGGUGAGUACAGUGAUGCCUCACAAGAAUGAAAGGGACAGCCUAGUAAGAGGACCAGGCUGGGCAGUGGAGUUUCCCUACCUGGUGUGCGAAGCAGGGCAGGUAUGA